AGUGUUUCUGUUCUAGGGUAGCUGCAGGUAGCUGGAAGCAUAGGAGCCAUCGGAUUCAGUUAUCCAGUUAUUAAUAGUCACUUGUUGAUUCUCUUGAAUAGUUCGACUGAGUUUACAUACGUACGUGGUUUUUAUUUGACUGUUUACAGCAAGCAGUGGCUGUCGGUUUUUAGUUGAGUAACUGUUAAGUCUUGCAUUGAAAAAGACGCUGCAUUUCGCGAAGUACAGUACGUAUAAAUACCAAUACUUCGAUUGUUCUGAAUAACGAAAGAUUAGCUAUCCUAAUGUGCGAGUAUUUCUUGGAACAGUGAGAGAGCUGUUUUUGGCUCUACUACGGAACGUCAAUUAUGAAUUUGAGAAACGACGCCAUGAAUGCGUCCUUUCAUUGCACAUUAGUGCAAUUUCGAAUGCGUUCAGUGUCGGGCUAUCGAAACUAACUAUACAUACAGUUUCAUACAAUAGAUUUAUUCAAUUGAAACAGAUCUCUUUUUUUCAGGGUGGCUUUCCUGAUUGUGAGUGAUUCUGCAUCCUAAGCAACAAUGAAAUACAUAGGUAUAUCGACGCCAACCCAUAUCUUUGACAUACAAGUUCGAGUCCCAGUGUGUGUAAUCCUGGGGGACAAGGUACGGGGGCCGUCUAUAAUCAAUACGCUAAUGUAACUACUUCUUUGCCGCUGCGGCAUGCAACCUUGGCUCCCCGCAGAGCACAGUGGAAUGUCAAGCCCUCCCCAACAGUCAUUGCUUACUUUCUAUUUAUCGCAAACACAGAUGCAAGGAAGUUGAGAGAGGCGAUGACAAGAUUGGGAUCCAGCGAAAUAAUCGUGAUGGAUAUAUUAGCAAAUCGUACUAAUCUACAGCGACAAAAAAUUGCUGAAGAGUAUAAAACUCUCUAUGGAAUGGACCUUAACAUAGAUUUGACCUUCAAGCUAAUUGGUAACUUUACCUUAUUACAGCUAUGAUGAUGCCACUGCCGCAAUAUUAUGCUAAGGAACUGCAUGAUUCUAUGCGUGGCUCCGCUACUGACAACCGUCUUAUCAUUGAGGUUCUCUGCACGCUGUCCAAUGAUGAAAUUAAGAUGAUUAAACAGGCUUACAACUCCAAGUAUUCAAGAAGCUUAGAAUACGAUAUCAGCGGAGAUACUACAGGUAGUUUCAAGGACCUGAUGUUCCCUCUGUUCAUUGCUGAUCGUGAUGAAUUGUUUGAUCUGGAUCCAGCGGAAGCUCAAGAAGAUGCUCGCGCACUUAUCGGGAUUGGAGACUUAAGUUUUGGAAGUAAGGAAUCUACGUUCCUUAAAAUUUUGGUUGAAAGAAGCUUUACCCAGUUGCAGCAAAUAUUCAUAGAUUACGAGAGUAUGGCUGGACAUGGAAUUGAAAAGGCCAUUGAAAAUCAAUACUCUGGAGAUAUCAAGGACCGCCUUCUUUUUGUCAUAAAAUGUCUGAGAAAUUCACCCGUAUUCUUUGCUGAGCAAUUUUACAAGACUGUGCAGGGACCUGAAAUUGAUGAUAAAGAACUUAUUCGACUAAUCGUAACUCGCUCUGAAAUUGACAUGCGCGAGAUCAAGGAAGCGUUUGUUGAACUGUAUAACGAAUCUCUGGAAAAUUAUAUAUCGGAAGACUGUUAUGGCUGCUACAAGGAAUGUCUCAUUACUCUUAUUUCUUAAAACCUUGAAUUGGCUUUCCCAAAAAAUCUGUCCGUUACACGUACUCAUGUAAUUCACACAUCAUGAGAGCUUACAGUGAUUGCCGUCGCUUAUGAGAAUCUGAAUCUGUCAUAAACUACAAAAUGGAACUUUAAAAUAUCUCAAGUUUAGUAUAUAUAUUCAUAUGCUAAGAAUAUUAGUUUAUAGUUGCAUUUCCAUGUUAUUAAUUUCUUUACUAACUUGAUUUUAAUUCAUUCUUAGUUGAAUUGAACAAAGUUGAAAGUAUUUUUAUGAUUCGUAUUCCUAAGGUGUAAGUGAGACAUAACUGUGUCAGUCCAUUUCUUUAGUGAGUCUACAAUCAAUACAUGUGGUAUUGAUCAACCAUUUUCUUGCAAUCAUAGAUCAUCCUGUGUACUUUGUCAAAUUCCAUGGGUUGAACUAAGUGCCAUUUCACAAUAAUUAUCAAAGUAAUGUUGAGGAUUUUCAUAAUUUGAAUUCAUAAAUCAGAUUUUAAUUCUGCAUUGAAGUAUUAGCUGUAUUAAUUGGUACAGAAAU